UAAAUAUAUAUUGUGUAAUUUAGAUAACAAAGACUAUAAAAGAUAUCUUAAUUAUAUUAUCAUUUAGAAUUACCAAAGUGCACCAUACUAUCUAUAUUAACUUUUUUUACCAACAUUGUUUAACUUGUCUACUUUUACAGAUUUUAGUUUUACCCUUUCAAUAUUAUUUUCCACCCUGGGCAAACAAAGAGUGCCGGCCUUACUAUGAUGAAGCCCAUAAUUAUUGUUCAUGGUGGCGCUGGAGAUAUUCCCUCAAGCAGAGUAAAGGGAAAGUUAGAUGGAUCUAAAGCAGCUGCAAGAGCUGGUUACGAAAUCCUGCUAAAAGGUGGAACUGCUUUAGAUGCUGUGGAAGCUGCUGUGGUCUCUAUGGAAAAAGAUGAAAAUUUCAAUGCAGGAUAUGGUUCCGUACUGAAUUUACGUGGGGAAGUAGAGAUGGAGGCGAGCAUAAUGCGAGGCUCUGAUCUUAAUGUUGGAGCUGUUACGUUGGUGAAAGAGUUUUUACACCCAAUAAGUAUUGCACACAAAGUGCUCACUGACUCACCACAUUCUUUAUUAGGAGCAGAGGGAGCCAAGUUGUUUGCAUUGGAAAAGGGAUUUCCAACAGUCAAGCCAGAGUCUUUAAUUAGUGAACACGCAAAGCAAGCUUUGAACAAUUUCCUCAAACAUGGAGAUUUUGGAAGGACUGAAAUAGGUGAAAAGGAUGAGGGUGGCGUGGGCACGGUUGGCGCCGUAGCCGUGGACGCUGCCGGCCACGUGGCGGUGGCCACCAGUACGGGCGGCAUGAGCGGCAAGGCGGUCGGCCGCAUCGGAGACACCCCGCAAAUAGGAAGCGGCACGUAUGCUGAUGACCUUGUGGGCGGGGUGUCCACUACAGGGCAUGGUGAAUCUAUUCUAAAAUACUGUUUGGCACAUAGCAUCAUAAAGCUAAUGGAAAGUGGAGUUGAUGCACAAACUGCGACGAAUAAAGCUGUAGAAGGCAUGACAUCGCGUUUGAAGAACACUGCUGGUGCCAUUACAUUGUCCAAGGAUGGCGAAGUUGGGGUCCAUUUCAGUUCCCAAAGAAUGUCCUGGGCGUAUGUCAAGGACAAUAAGACUGUCUAUGGUAUCAAUCAUAAUGAGACCUUUGAAGAAUCAUAUUGAGCUAUAUUAUGUAUAGCUAUAUUAUAUGUAUAACAAAGUGGAAAAAAUAUUUAGACUGAAACAAGAAAGAUUUUAUAUAUUAUUAUUGAAUUAUUGAAUAUUAUAUUAUUAUUUUGUAAAUACUUUCAAUAUAUAAACAGAAAAAUAA